ACUUUCCACCACUUUUUCCACCUGGCAACACUUCCAUCGGUGUUUUUCGGCAUAGAGCAUUUUUUAUCUGAAAAAAGGGAUUUUUUUUUGUGCAAUGGAGGGUGCGGUUAAACUCAAUAACUCUAAUAACGCCACGCCGUUGCCGCAGCGCCAGCAGAGGGGCAAUCUAGCCAAUAAGAAUCUCGGCAAGCACACUGCCCCGAAGCAAAACGCCGCAAGCGACGGUAAUCCUGCUGAAAAAAAACCACGAUUUGGGCCGAACACCCAGAGGGGUGGAGGUGGAGUAGCCGGAGGUGGUGGUGGUGCCGGAGGCCGCGGCGGAUUCACCGGCAACCGCGGCAAUCGUGGAGGCCACCAAAAUCAAAACCGCCAGGGUUUCCAGGGUGCAAAUAAUGCUAAUCAGAAGCAGCCGAACGAAUCGCCGAAGCCGGCUGCGGCCAAUGUGCCCGCAAAGAACAAUGAACCCGCAGCCGCCACUCCAGUUCAGCCUAGCCAGAACGCCAGCCAGGGUCAGGACAAUCAAGGAGCCCAAGGAAUCCAAGGUAACCAGGGAGGACAAGGACAAGGGCAGGGCUUCAGAGGACGCGGUGGCGGAGGUGGCCAAAACCAAAAUGCCAACCAAGGAAAUCAGGGAGAUCAAGGAGGUCUAGGUAACCAAGGAGGCCAGGGAAACCAAGGAGGACAGGGCAACCAAGGAGCACAGGGCAACCAAGGAGGCCAGGGAUUCAGAGGACGCGGCGGAGGAGGUGGCCAAAACCAAAAUGCCAACCAAGGAAAUCAGGGAGAUCAAGGAGGAAAUCAAGGAAAUAACCAGGGAGGACAGGGCUUCCGUGGACGCGGCGGUGGCCUCAAUCAAACGAUCGGCGGCGGCGGUGGAGGUGGAAACCAACAGCCGCGUGGUAACCGUGGAAAUCGGUCUGGAGGACCAGGAGGCAUGAACAAUACCAUGGGCGGCGGCGGCCAACGCGGCGAAGAUUUCUUCAUUGCCCAGCGUCUGCGCAGCAGCGGACCCACCCUCGAACUGCCGCCCAUUGAAGUGCCCACCGAGACCAAGUUCUCUGGUCGCAACCGUCUGUAUGUGGGCAAUCUGACCGGCGACAUCACCGAUGAGGAGCUGCGCGAAAUGUUCAAGCCGUACGGCGAGAUCACCGAGAUCUUCUCGAACCUGGACAAAUUUACAUUCCUGAAGGUCGACUACCAUCCAAAUGCCGAGAAGGCCAAGCGCGCUUUGGAUGGCUCCAUGCGCAAGGGGCGCCAGCUGCGCGCGUUUGCGCCCAACGCCACCAUUCUGCGGGUGAGCAAUCUCAACCAGUUUGUGUCCAACGAGCUGCUUUACCAGUCCUUCGAGAUCUUCGGACCCAUUGAGCGCGCCAGCAUCACCGUGGACGACCGUGGCAAGCAUACCGGCGAGGGCAUAGUGGAGUUCGCCAAGAAGUCCUCGGCCAGUGCAUGUCUGCGUCUGUGCAAUGAGAAGUGCUUUUUCCUGACGUCCUCGCUGCGGCCGUGUCUGGUGGAGCCGAUGGAGGUGAACGACGACAACGACGGGCUGCCGGAGAAGGCGUUGAACAAAAAGAUGCCCGACUUGCCAGAACGUAGCGUCGGACCGCGGUUCGCCGACACGAACUCGUUUGAGCACGAGUACGGAUCGCGAUGGAAGCAGCUGCACGGCCUGUUCAAGAGCAAGCAGGACGCCCUUAAGCGUGAGCUGAAAAUGGAGGAGGACAAGCUGGAAGCCCAGAUGGAGUACGCUCGCUAUGAGCAAGAGACAGAAUUGCUGCGCCAGGAGUUGAGGAAACGCGAGGUGGACAACGAGCGCAAGAAACUGGAGUGGGAGAUGCGCGAGAAGCAGGCCGAGGAAAUGCGAAAACGCGAGGAGGAGACCAUGCGUCGUUACCAGGGCGAGGUGCAGAGCCACAUGCUUCGGCAGGAGGAGGACAUGCGCAUCCGUCAGCAGGAGAGCGCAUUGCUGAAGCAGGCCCAGCAGCUCAACUCGAUGCUCGAUCUGCAAGAGGGAUUCGGAGGCGGCGGCAGCAACUCCGGCUUUGACAACUUUGGGGGUGAAUCACCAUUUGAAGUUUUUAGAAACAACAACAGCAACAAUUCCACCAUGGUUGGAAACAACUCUGGUCCCGGAGGACAGGAUAAGCUAGAGGCUUUUGAAUUCGGUGCUGGCGGAAAUCGCGGCAACAAUGUCGGCGGAAACAAUGCCCUGUGGGGACGCCGACGCUUUUAGACACUGAACCCACAUUAAACGAUAAACAAAGAUAAAAGAACGUAAUCUCAUUGAUUAUGCUUUAUAUUUGACAUUUUACUCGAUUGCGAGUGAACCACAUAAAAUUACACAAAGGGAUCGUGUAAGCGAAUAUGCAACACACAUUUAAUAUCAUUUGAUUUCAUACUUUGAAAACUAUAAUAAUCGUCUAUCGGUCUCAACAAGGAAUCCACCAUGAAGUAAUAAUAAGGAAAUGACAAAAGAAAAACCUUAAGAAAUUUACAAUCCAAACCCAAAAGGCAUGCUUACAAGAUGUGCAGUAUUGCAAAGAGGAAAACACUUAAAAAUUCCCAUUCAUCUUUUAACCAUUACGUACAUCUAUUUAAUCAUAACGAUAAUUUUAGAUAUAUGUAGUGACUAUCUCCAGUAACAAGAUUACUUUUUGUCUAUCAUUCAAAUUAAAUAUAUGAAGAUAUGACUGAAUUUAUUUUUUAUUCGGUAGACUUUAUAAUAGGGGUCAUUUGGAAACCAAGACGGGGGGUUUUUUAUUAGUUUAGUUACAACUCGCGCUUGUAUUUCAGUAUAUUUUGUAAUUAUAUCUCUGUCUACUGAAUUAUUUUUAAUAAAAACGGCCCGGAACUCAA